AAUGGCGUCUUCGUCGUCCUCUUCUCACUUGAUUCCCACAUCAUGGAAAUAUGACGUUUUUAUGAGUUUUAGAGGAGAAGAUACCCGCAAGAACUUUGUGGAUCAUCUCUACUCGGCUCUUGAUCAACAAGGAAUCUACACAUACAAGGACGACGAAACACUUGCUCGGGGUGAGUCAAUCGGUCAAUCGCUCGUGAAGGCUAUCCAAGAAUCACGGAUUGCCAUUAUUGUAUUCUCCAAAAACUAUGCAGGGUCAUCUUGGUGCUUGGACGAGCUUGCAUAUAUUAUAGAAUGCAUGGACAAGAGAGGGCAAAUCGUUAUGCCCAUAUUUUAUGACAUAGAUCCCUCAGAUGUCAGAAAACUAAAGGGAAAAUUUGAAGAAUCAUUUGCCAAACAUGAGUUGGAGCAUAAGAACAAAGUUGAAUCAUGGAGAAGUGCUCUUGUAAAAGCAGGCAACCUUUCUGGAUGGGUCCCCAAGGACUUUGCAAACGGAUAAUUUUCUCUACUUUUUCGAAAAACCUUUUUUGCUUAAGAUGUCUGCAUUUUGUAACUCAAUUAUACUUGUAACUAAAGCUGGAGUUUCAACUUAAUUGUGUCUAAUAGCUCAGUUUGGCUUAUGCUUUUAUCUCUAAAAUCGAGUUUCGUAGGUUAAAUUUAAAAAGUUAUUAUAAAAAUACUAGGUCAAAUGAAUUGAAAGUUUGUUUGAUUUACCAAAAACGUUUGUCUACAAGUAUUAUAUGAAAAUCUAGUAAGGAAACUGCUCUUGAUCUGACAUAUUCAAAAUUUUGGAUAUUAUUAUAUGUUUUGUGUUACUCUGUAUUUUGAUUUCACUUUUAUUUUCUUUUUGUUUUAAUUGAAGUUAAAUAAAUCUGAUUCUUCAGGUUUAGGAUUAAUAAUCCAAUUUCAGUUGUGACAAACGGUAAUUUUAAAAUUAUGUCUACAAAUAAAAAGAAAAAAAAAACUUACAUUUGACUGAGAGUUGUUUCCCAAAACUUUUGUUUCUAGAAAAAAAAAAUUAUCACUAAAGUAGAGGUUACUAUAUACUAGCACUUCUAAAUCAGCAACAACUUUUUCCUGAAACAUAUGAUCGAAUAUUGAAAUCCAAAAGCGGAUAGUAGUUACUUUACAUUCUGAUUAGUGAUGGUAUUCGACUAUUCAUCCAUCACAUUAACCUUCACCUCACUAAGCAAGUGAGUGCGAGUGUAUUCUAAUUAUCUUAAUGUACUCAAUGUGUAGACAUGAAGCAAAAUGCAUCAAAGACAUUGUUGGUAGAAUUUCUGGUAGGCUGAUAACAAAUGUUAAUAAACACUUGAUUGGAAUAGAGACUCGCUUGCAAGAUUUGAAAUCAAAGUUGGAAAUUGGGCCUGGUGGUGUGCGCAUGGUUGGAAUAUGGGGAGUUGGGGGUGGCGGAAAGACUACUCUUGCAUCUACAGCUUAUACGGAAAUCUCUCACCAAUUUGAAGCUCAUUGUCUUCUUGAAAAUAUCCGUGAUGAAUCAAGCAAGUAUGGUUUAAAAAGGUUGCAAGAAAUCUUUUUAUCACGUUUACUGAAAACAAAUGUGGUGGUAGAGAGUGAGAUAGAAGGAAGAAGCAUAAUAGAAAGAAGGUUAUGUCGUAAAAGAGUUUUAGUUGUUCUUGAUGAUGUUGAUGACGUUAUGCAACUAGAUGCAUUAGCCGGAUCGCACGAUUGGUUUGGUGAGGGCAGCCGGAUAAUAAUCACCACAAGGGACGAGCAUUUGCUAACCCGCCACACAGACGCGAUAUAUGAAGUGAGUUUGCUGUCACAUGAUGAGGCUAUCAAGCUCUUCAGCAGACAUGCAUAUCGGAAAGAAAAACCUGUAGAAGAUUAUGAGAAGCUUUCACAAGAUGUAGUUUCUUAUGCUGGCGGGCUCCCAUUAGCACUUGAAAUCCUAGGUUCUUUUCUAUAUGACAAAGAUAAAGAUGAGUGGUUGAGUGCCUUGGUCAAGUUAAAAAGCAUACCAGAUGUUAAGGUCAUGGAGAGACUUAAAAUAAGUUAUGACGGACUUGAACUUCACGAGAAAGAGUUAUUCUUAGAUAUUGCAUGUUUCUUGAGGAGAAGACAUGUAAAUGAGGUGAUGAUGGUGCUUGAUGCUUGUAGUUUUCACCCAGGUAUAGGGGUAAAGGUAUUGGUACAAAAGUCUCUCAUAAAUGUUUCAAAUGGAAUAUUUGAUAUGCAUGACUUGAUAGAAGAAAUGGCUCACUACAUUGUUAGAGGGGCAUACCCUAAUCAUCCUGAAAAACAUAGUAGAAUUUGGAAAAGAGAAGAUAUUAUCGAGUGUUGUGCUAUGGAGGCUGGAACGUUAAUGGAAAAUGAAGUAUUAGUUUUGCCAAGUUAUGUCGAGCAUCCACGUCUUCCUCACGUUGUUGCAAACAUGAAGAAACUUCGAUGGAUUGAUUGGGAUAGGUAUCCAGCAUCUUCAUUCCCAUCAAAUUUUCAGCCAAGUAAGCUUGGUUGUCUAGUGUUGAUAAGGGGCCAGCAAAAACAACUCUGGAAAGGGUGUAAGCAUCUACCGAAUUUGAAAAUUCUUGAUCUCCGGUAUUCAAAGUACCUAAUGAAGACACCAGAUUUUAACGGCCUUCCAUGUCUUGAAAGAUUGAAUUUACGGGGUUGUGAAAAAUUGAAAGAGAUUCAUCCCUCAAUUGGAUAUCAUGAAAGGCUUGUUUUGGUAGACAUGACUAGAUGUUUAAACCUUAAAAAGUUUCCACCCAUCAUACGUAUGAAAAAACUGGAGAUUCUUAAGCUAUCUUCAUGUUAUCAACUCCAAAAGUUUCCAGACAUCCAUUCGAACAUGGAUAGCUUGGUAAGCCUUCAAUUGGAUCAUACUGUCAUAGAAGUAGUCCCAACGUCAGUUGGAAAAUUUUGUACCAACCUUGUUUCUCUUGACUUACAUCGGUGUUACAAGCUAAAAAGAAUAGCGUGCAACUUCCAUCUCUUAAAACGUUUGGAAGAUAUUAAUUUCUUCGGUUGUAGUCAACUUCAGAGUCAAGAUUCAACAUCUGUCAUGAGUCGCAUAAGGUUACAAUCUUUUCAACAAGACAGUUCGGCGAACCUGAAGUUUGCUCAAUUUCCACAUUUGUUAAGAAGGUUGAAUCUUAGUUACUGCAACUUAGGAGACGGAGACAUCCCAUCUGGUAUUUGUGAGUUAGUAAGCCUACAAAUACUAGACCUAAGUGGAAACACAUUUUCACGAUUACAUUCCAGCCUCUUGCGAAUCCCAUGUCUCAAGUUCCUCAGUUUGUCACAGUGCACAAACCUUGUAGAAUUUCCAAGUCUCCCAUCAAGCAUAGCUAUACUCAACGCAUAUAAUUGUGACUCACUUGAAAGCAUAGGAGAUUUAUCAAAAUAUAAAUGGUUGUGGAAAGUCUCACUUUGGAAUAGUAAUAAGUUGACCGAAGGGGGGCGGGUACUACAUUCCAUGCUUCAGAGAAACGCUAUUCAAGAUCGCUUUAUGAGUGUCACACUUCCGGGUAGACAACAUGAUAUAGUUUCUCGUACAACGACAAUCAUCACACUGCAACUUCCACCCAAUUGGCAGAGUGAAUUUAUCGGAUUUUUAGUAAGUUGUUAUAAUCAUCGGUGGAAUGAUGAAUGUGUAGUAGUUAUUAAGCAAGUGAUGCCCAUGGAUUCCGAACCAGAUCAUGAUCACUGGGAGGAGUUUGAUAAAAAUCCAGAAUCUUUUGAACAUGCACAGGUGGGUUAUGUACCCUUUAGCUCAUGUAAAAAAAGAUGCAAUCAAAAGUGUUGUUUGGUUUAUAGAGUUAACAACUUAACAUGACUAGUAUCCUAACAUAUUGCAGUGCAUAUAUGGAUCUUUAGUUUGUUUUAUGUAUUCUAUGUAAUACAUAGGAGACAUAUGUAAUAUUUUUGAUAAUGAAUAAGUGGCAAGCUUUACAAUUCUUUCAGUA